CCUCGACGUUGCCGUUUCGCCCUCGCUACUAAGGUUCAUACCUGCAAAGCGCCCGUUGCAUCCAAACUGCCAACAGCUGCCGUCUCUGUCGGUCCCCUGAAGACGUGCACGCUUUUUCACCCGGCCUGGUCCCUCAUCGUCUUCCUCACUGCCAGCAACCACCACCAGUGUUCCCCUCCGGGCCAGACUUGCUCCGCCGCUAGACACGCCCAAACCCAUCCAUCACUCUCGCUGCCUUCUUCGCCUCGCGUGUCCAGUGCGCUGCAAUCCGGGUGCACCUGUCGGUCUUUACGCGUGCUGUGACGGCGGAAGUAUCCAGGGGAAUCGCCUUCUAGCGCGACCGCCUGUUCCAAAGGCCAAUCUCUCCAGCAUCUCAUUCUUUUUCAUCCUCCCGCUCAUCCCUCCACCUCUCGUCCGUCUCCGCCUCCACCACCACCACCACCACAUCCCGCCCGGCUCCCAUCCGCCAGGGAGUAAAAGCUCUGCAACUUGCACCGGUCUUGCUGCAGCGCAUCAGGGAGGAGGGCAUUUUUGAGGUCAGGCACUAUUGCGUGCUCAGCGUUGCAGGACUUGCAGCGCCAAUACCCCUACGUUAGUGCACCGUUGGCGGCUUUGACUAUUCUGCGAGUAAGCCAUCGCCGCUGCAGCGCUCCAUCCCAUGCCAUUUGCGGCUACAGGUAUGCGUUUCCGUUAGCGUCCCCCCUCAACCCUCAAACCACCGCCUCCGGCCUCCUCGCCCUCCAGACCCAGAAACCAUCGAAUCUCCCUCCCUAUACUGGCCAGGCAAGCCUGCGCCCGUUGUCAUCUGCUCCCACGCAGCGCGCAACGCCCCCAUCGCGACUCGAGCGCCACCUCUGGGUCCCUACAAGAGCUGACAUGGCCCUCGUCUCGCGGCUGUAGGCGCUUCUCCGACCCGGGCCGCUUUCGAAACCCGACCUCUCCCAUCCUCCGACUUACCGCCCGCCCGCAUCGCGCAGCAGCCCUGCUCAGGCUUCUCCGUUAUCCGCCCGGAUUGCAACUCGACGAAGCCCUCCGCUGGGACGCGUGUGUCGUGGAUGUAGGCCAUGGCUGGCUACGACCGCCCUGUGAGCUUUUCUCAACGGAGAGGAAGCGUCUUGAGCGAGGACUUGGCCCUGGAUACCGCCAACGCACCCAUGAACGCGAGGCUCGAGAAGCUGCCUCGGCAGCAACGGCAGAUACGAGGGCCGCCAACCCCCAGCAUGCCCACGCCGGCUGCCGACUUCGACCAGCAGCUCACCGGGUCGCCACCGCCGCCCCCGACACCCGCCGCCUCCCCAGGCCCAGCUCACUGCCAGCCGGAUUGGAGCGACGCCGCAGAUGAUGAGGAUUUCUUUCUCUCCAAGCUGCGGCAGCAUUUUAAGAAUUGCUCUGGGCCGCAACGCACGAGGAUUUUGGCCGACAUGCUCAACCUCUGCACCAGCCAACAACUGAGUUUUGUGCAUCAAUUUGUCAGCCCCUUGCUGAAGAAGGACCCCUUCACCAGCUUGCCGGACGAGCUUUGCCUGAGGAUACUGUCAUUCAUUGAUGAUCCAAAAGUUCUCGCCCGAGCAUCGCAGGUCUCCAAACGAUGGCGGGACCUACUGAGCGACGACAUGACCUGGAAAAACCUCUGCGUAAAGCACGACUAUGGCAGGCGGCUAUCAGAAGUCAACGCCCGAUCUCCAGUUAUGCCCAUGCGAUCGACCACUCACGCUUUCGGCAACCCGGACACGGAGAUGUCUACGAGCAGCAGCUUCCCGGGCCCAUAUCCCUCGUCUGGCCAUCCAGCGGGCUCGCGCAGCUUUGACGGCACUGUCGCACGGCCCAAGCUACGCUCAUACAAAUCACACUUCAAGCAGCGCUACUUGGUCGAAGCGGCGUGGAGGUCUGGUGGAACAAGCGUGCAUCGGAACAUUACUCAAGAAGGCGGCGUCGUGACUAGCUUGCAUCUGACGCCUAAGUACAUUAUCGUGGCCCUGGAUAACGCCAAGAUCCACGUUUUCGACACCAAGGGCGACUCACAGCGCAUACUACAGGGGCAUGUCAUGGGUGUCUGGGCCAUGGUCCCAUGGGAAGACACCAUGGUCAGCGGCGGCUGCGACCGCGACGUCCGCGUGUGGGAUCUCAAGACUGGGGCUUGCUUGCAUACUUUACGGGGACACACGUCGACGGUUCGCUGCCUCAAGAUGGCGGACGCCAACACGGCCAUCUCUGGCUCUAGAGAUACAACCCUCCGCAUCUGGGACAUCCGCACUGGUCUCUGCAGGAAUGUGCUUGUCGGGCACCAGUCUAGCGUCCGAUGCUUGGAGAUCAAGGGUGACAUUGUCGUUUCAGGAAGCUACGACACUUUUGCCCGGGUGUGGAGCAUCUCCGAGGGUCGCUGUCUGCAGACGCUGCAGGGCCACUUCAGCCAAAUAUACGCCAUUGCUUUCGAUGGCAAGAGGGUAGUGACUGGCAGCCUGGAUACUAAUGUGAGAGUCUGGGACCCAACCACGGGGGAGUGCCUCGCCAUCCUACAAGGUCAUACGUCUUUGGUGGGCCAGCUGCAAAUGCGUGGCGACACCUUGGUGACUGGAGGAUCGGACGGAUCCGUACGAGUCUGGUCACUGGAGAAGAUGUGCCCAAUCCACCGUCUUGCAGCGCAUGACAACAGCGUCACUAGUCUGCAGUUUGACGAUACUCGAGUCGUUAGCGGUGGCAGUGAUGGACGUGUCAAGAUUUGGGAUCUCAAGACCGGGCACCUCGUUCGGGAGCUCAUUGCUCAGGGCGAGGCAGUUUGGCGAGUGGCCUUUGAGGACGAAAAGUGCGUGGCGUUGGCGCUGAGACACAGCAGGACCGUGAUGGAGGUAUGGUCAUUCUCUCCGCCAGAGGAGAUGCUCUACGACCGACCACUCUCGCUUCAACAGCGCGUCCUGGAGGACAAUCCGACACGGCCAUUGAGCGCCAUGGCCCUGGACUACCGCGCAGGCGAGCCGGACGUCGCCGAAUCAGGCCGGGCGUCUUUGGCACAGGAUAUCGACAUGCAGGAUGCAGGCCCGUCAACAGCACCGCUACAAGGCGGGAACAAGACAUUCUUUCACGACGAUUAGCGGCGCGGCGCAGCGCAAGCCGAGUGUAAUUCGAAACACGACAAAGAGCGCCAGCCGCAAUUCCUACCCUUGAUAGGUGAUUUAAAAUAACAGCAUGCAGUUGCGGUCGUGCCGGCCAGGACAGCCGGCGUCGCGACUCGAAUAUUCUGUACUUUUGCGCUGGCUUCAGGCUAUAGAACGCGGCGACAAUGUGUGGGCUGCAUGUUAAUGGCGUUGCGACUUUACAAGGGUAAGCAUAGCAAGGAGGGAGUAAUGCAUCUGACUGGAUGUCGGGCAGGCACGGAUUGCGAGACUGACGGGGCAAGGCGCGGGACUGGCGGGUGGAGUUUUGAUGGCAACCCAGGCGGUGUUAUCCCGGGCAUAAAGGCAGCCAAGACAGCCAUUAGCAGAUAAUAAAGCACCUCUUAUUACGGGU